AUGCGGCAAAUAACAGCCGUUCAAAAAUCCAAACUUACGACAUCACUUUUCACGAGUGUUGCCCUGUUUGCCGUGUUCACGGUAGCUGCGCAAGGCCUAUUACCUUGUCCGGCUAUCGAUGAUGCUCAACGACGCGCAUCGUUAGAAGAACGAAGUAGGCUGCGUCGCCGAUUACAAGAACAAGACGAUUUAAAGAGGGAUGUGGAUGAUAAAAGUGGUAGCAGUGGACAAAAAGGGAAUAAAGAUAAAAAAGUCACGGUGGUGGUGUUGCCGAGAAAUAACAAUG